ACUUUCGACUUUCUCGCUUUUCGCCUUCGCAGCAAGCAGCAGCAGUAGCAGCAAAGCAGCAGUAAAAUUACCAAAUCACACGGCGACUGAUUCGACUGGAGAAGAGGUGCAGUGAAAAAAAAACCCAACAGAAAAAGGCUCGAUCGGCUCUCCUCCUCCUCCUCCUCCUCCUCCGGCGGCGCGAGGCGCGAUUCCUCUCUCGAUCGGGCCGCGAAAACCUACUUCUCCGAGAAAGCUGAACCGGAGCUCCUCCGUUAGCAUUGUCCGGACCGAAAGACGGGAGCAGCGAAACCCUAAGCUGGCCCCGCGGCGAGAGAUCGGCGGCCGUCGGAUUUGAACCGGACCUGCCGGAUGUCGUGACGGCGGAGUUGAGCAUGACGGCCGCUGACUUAUAAUGUUCUUCCGAACACGUGGCCUUCUUUGGAACCCCGAACCCUAGCUAUGGAGAGAUCCAGAUCCAAGAGGAGCUACUACUACGAUAAUGACUACGAUUCCGAAGCCCUCGGCAGGGCCAAGCCCCGGUACAACCACCACCACUCCUCCCCCGGCCCCGCCGCCGCGCCGCACCGGCACCGCGGCGGGGGCGGCGGCGGGGGCGGCCGGCAGCAGGACUCCUCGCUCAUGGUCACCACGAGCUACCGCAUCCUCUGCCACGACGCCAAGGCCGGGGGCGUGAUCGGCAAGUCCGGGUCCAUCAUCAAGUCCAUAAGGCAGCACACGGGCGCGUGGAUCAACGUCCACGAGCUCGUCGCCGGGGACAGCGAGCGGAUCAUCGAGAUCUCGGACACGCGGAGGCGGGACCCCGACGGGCGAAUGCCGACCUUCUCGCCCGCGCAGGAGGCCCUGCUCUUGAUUCACGACCGGAUUAUCGAGAGUGACGCGUAUAACGGUGGGGAGUACGAGGACGGAGGGGGCGGGAAUCGGGCGGUGACGAGGCUCGUUGUCUCGAGGAUGCAUGUGGGGAGCUUGUUGGGGAAAGGAGGGAAGAUAAUUGAGCAGAUGAGGGUUGAGACCAAGACUCAGAUUAGGAUUUUGCCCCGAGAUCACACAUUGCCUCGAUGCGUUACCAUGGCUGAGGAGAUUGUUCAGGUUGUAGGCGAUGUGAAUGCUGUGAAGCAUGCAAUAUCAAUUAUUUCACAUCGCUUGAGGGAGAGUCAACAUCGUGACCGCACUCAUAUUCAUGGGAGAAUACAUUCACCAGAGCGGUUCCCUUCUGAUGAUGAGUUCAUUCCUCACACAAACAACUCAACACGCCGUUCAUCUGGCGAUGGGACUUCAUAUAGCUCACGGCCCAGUCUCACCAAUGCAAGAAGCAAUAACUACAUCUCUCGUUCAUCUGGUUUACCAACAGAGUCCGAGGCUGCUCCCAUGAAUGAUGACACACAGCCACUGGAUGGGGAUGAACUUGUGUUUCGAAUCUUAUGUCCAAUUGGAAAGAUAGAUAAGGUUGCUGGAGAAUCUGUCGGAAUUAUCGAACUACUAAGAAAUGAUGUUGGUGUGGAUGUUAGGAUUUAUGACCCUGUGGCUGGCUCAGAUGAACAAGUGAUUGUUAUUUCAUCUGAGGAGGGUCCUGAUGAUGAACUUUUUCCAGCCCAAGAAGCUUUGUUGCACAUCCAAACUCAGAUUGUUGAUCUUUUUCCUGAUAAAGACAACUUGAUAACCACAAGGUUACUUGUGCCAUCUAGUGAUAUUGGGUGCCUAAGGGGAAAAGACGAACUUCUGUAUGAGAUAAAAAAAUUGACCGGUGCAAGUGUACAGAUUCUUCCAAAAGGAGAUCUGCCUGGCGGUGCUUUUGCAGAUGAUGAGCUUGUUCAGAUUGUAGGGGAGAUAAAAUCAGCUAGGGAAGCCCUUGUUGAGGUGACAUCAAUAUUACGGAACCAUUUCUACAGGGAACUUUCUGAAAAAGACUCACCUCCUCCUCCAGAAAUUGAGCCGAUUCCUUCCAAUAGUAUUCCUAAUCGCGAAGCUCAAGCUCUACCCGCUUCUGUGACAGCAACCCAGCAGGGAUUGCAAAAUUUUGCAACAGCACAGCCAUCAAAGGACAAUGGGAGUUCUGCUCCUGAGACAGGAAGGUAUAAUGAAUGUGAGAGUCGUGAGGAUGCCCCUAGCUUGAGCAGAGUACCUGCUGUUACGCUUGUCACACGGAGUACCCUCGAAGUUGUUAUACCAGAGUACGCAGCUCCAAAGCUGAUAGCAAAAUCCAAAAGCAAGCUGACUCAGAUAAGUGAGUUGUCAGGGGCUAGUGUAAUCCUGCUAGAGGAUAAACCAGAAGCAACUCAGAAGGUAAUAAAGAUAUCGGGCACUCCAGAGCAGGCUGAGAGAGCCCAGAGUCUGCUGCAAGGCUUCAUUUUGAGCACUCAAGAAGAUGGACCUUGAAGUUAUUCUGGAAAUGGCAAUUAGCAGUAGAACCUAUUUUAGUGCUUCUUGAGGUGAAGCUAGUUCCUCGGAGUUGCAAUUAGUAUAUGCUGGCCGACGUCAAAGUGAUGGGGAGCUUAGUUCCAAAAUUUGGGUCAUAACCCAUUCUAAUCCUUCUUGAGGAGUAUGUGGUUUCCACCUGUGGGAAUCACCCCCUGGUCCUUUUCGCUGCUACUGUACAUGCAGUGCUUUUUGUCUUAUAUUCAAUUUUCCCUCGGGAUGAGAAAUGCAGUGCCUUUCGUGAAUCUGCAAUUAGUAUACACUCCAUGUCCUCUGCAA